AUGGAAGUUCUUGGAUGUAUAGUAGAAACGGGUCAAACUCUUCCUUGUAGUAGACAAGCGGACAGACUUCUAGAGGAUAUGAAAAAAUACGACUUUGUAUUUUACAUACACUUGAUGGAGCAUAUUCUAAACAUCACACACACAUUGUCCCAAUGUCUACAAAGAAAAGAACAAGAUUUGAUGAAUGCAGUUAAAUUGGUUUCUUCCACAAAAAACCAACUUGAAAAGUUUAGGUUGGAAGGAUUUAAUGAGUUCUUGGAGAAGGUUAACUCUUUUUGUGACAUGUAUGAACUUGAGGUGAAAAAUUUAGACGAUGAAUAUAUUAACCCAAGAUGGCCAAGAAGAAAAACGAACAUCUCAAAUCGGCACUAUUACGAGUAUGAUUGCUUCAAUGCGGUUCUAGAUUUGCAAAUUCAAGAAUUUGGGAACCGUUUUAACGAGGUAACAUCGGAACUACUUCUUUGUAUCAGUUGUUUGAGUCCGUGUGAUAAUUUUAGUGCGUUUGACAUUCCAAAUAUACUAAAGUUAGCCGAAAAGUAUCCAUAUGAUUUCGAUGAAGCCGAAAAACGAAGGCUUCCGGUUCAACUCGGAAACUACAUUGAUUUUGUGAAAAAAGAUAAACAAUUUGCCAACUUGGAUGGAAAUGAUGAUGGUCAUGGUCCAGAUAGUUUGUCGUUUGUCCUUGAUGAUCUUAAGCACAUAGACCUAACUGACCUGGAGAAAAUGGAUAUAUUGCACCAAGUGGCACUACCAGGUCUAAGAGCAAAUAACUUUUACAAAAGGACUGGUGUAGAAAAUCAAGUUCAAACAACUGUUGGUGAAAGUUUAGUUGAGGAAAUUGCUGAAAGCUCAGAAACUAAAAGCAAUGUGAAGUUUGGUGCUGGGUUCAGGAAAUAUGAUCAAGAACAACUUGCCAACACUUUCAUUAGCUCAGAAAUGGUUGAGGUUAUUCCAACCAAAACUGGGGAAGAAAUCAAAAUCACUGGACCUCGUGGUAAAAAGAUAACUCUUGAAAAACUACAAAAUUCCAUUCAGGCUGAAAAACAAAAAUAUGAAUUUAAACCCAUAUGGUUAGAUGAAUGUGAUGUUCUUGAAAACUUCAAACCAGUUGAUUGGUCUCAAGCCACCCAAGAUAAAGAUCAUUCCUAUUACUAA